GAAAUCAUUCUUGGUGAAUAAUGCUGGACCACGCUGAAAAUUUGUAGCUGAGAGCUGGACCCUCGUCAUCACCACGCACACUGUCACUGAGACAGGGUAACCCAUGGUUACUGAGCUUUGAUCAGUUGAGGGGCAGACAGCCUCCCCUCCCCACUGCACUAUAAAGAGACCUAGCCAAGGGACCCUACAAGCUUCUAGCUCUCAGCCUGGAGGAAGGUGUGGGAAAGAAACCCCCAGACAUCAGGAGCAGAGACACCAGCUGCAGAGACAAGACCAGCAUGUCGUCUACCUUUAAACUUCAGCGUCACUUCAUUCUGAUCUUCUUGACAGCUCUAAGAGGGGAGAGUCGGUACCUAGAGCUGCCGGACGCGGCGGACCACGAUCCUUUCCCGCUCUUCAGCGCCAAUCUGAAGCGGGAGCUGGAGGGGGAGCAGUUGUACCGCCGAGCUCUGCGAUGCCUGGACAUGCUGAGCCUCCAGGGCCAGUUCACCUUCACCGCCAAUCGGCCGCAGCUGCACUGCGCCGCCUUCUUCAUCAGCGAGCCGGAGGAGUUCAUUACCAUCCACUACGACCUGGUGUCCAUUGACUGUCAGGGCGGGGACUUCCUAAAGGUAUUUGAUGGUUGGAUUCUCAAGGGGGAGAAGUUCCCCAGUUCCCAGGAUCAUCCUCUCCGCACACCUGAGCGGUAUGUAGAUUUCUGUGAGAGUGGUCUUACCCGAAGGAGCAUCAGAUCCUCCCAGAAUGUGGCCAUGAUCUUCUUCCGAGUCCAGGAACCAGGAAAUGGAUUCACAUUAACCAUAAAGACUGAUCCUAACCUCUUUCCCUGCAAUGUCAUCUCCCAGACCCCAAAUGGAAGGUUUAGCCUGGUAGUUCCACAUCAGCAUCGAAACUGCAGUUUCUCCAUAAUUUAUCCUGUGGUGAUAAAAAUAUCUGAUCUCACUCUGGGACAUUUAAAUGGUUUUCACUUAAAGAAACCCUCAGCAGGCUGUGGGGGAGUAGGAGACUUUGUGGAGCUUCUGGGAGGAACUGGACUGGACUCUUCCAAGAUGAUGCCUUUAGCUGAUCUCUGCUACCCCUUUCAUGGCCCUGCCCAAAUGAAAAUUGGCUGUGACAACACUGUGGUGCGUAUGGUCUCCAGUGGAAAACACAUAAAUCGCGUGACUUUUGAAUAUCGUCAGCUGGAACCAUAUGAACUGGAAAACCCAAGUGGGAACAGUAUCAGGGAAUUCUGUUUGUCCCGUGUUUGAACAAUCAACCCUAUGAUUUACAUGCUGCUAGUUAAUGAGUUUUAAAUGGCAAUUGCAUAUGAUUUUGAUGACUUUUUACAAGCUCAUACUGGUCAAUAUUCCUAGCCUUGUGCACAUAACACAUACACGUGACUGCAUUACUUUUUGUACCAAGCUUCUAUUUCAUUUGUAGCAUGGCAGAAAAUAAGCGUCCAUUUGAUAGAAAACAGUAUUGAAUGGAAAUAUUUGCAAUUCCUUGGUGUGCUACAAGCCUGGACUAGUAAGACAAGCACAAAGCAGUGCCCAAUAUAAAUAUUGUAUCUCAAGGGAAAAUACUACAAGAAAGAAAAAUGGUGGCACUCAUGCAUUUUAUAACCAAAAAACAUCAGUCUUGUGUAUAUUAAAGUAGUGACAUCUGUUUGUUUUUUAUUUAUUGUUCUAGUAAUAGUUGUUUAUAUUAUUUAUUGAUUUCUAACAAUUUAUUUUUAACAAAACUUUGUAGCAUGGAAAAAAUUUCCAUCCACAAAUAUAAACAUAAAUAAAUAUACUCAGAAUGUUGACAUCUUGA